UUGUUUUUAUUGCCAAAUGCAAACAAAAGCGCACGUGUUGUCGAAUUUUUGAAUUGGUGCGGAUUUCUUGUUAUAUUUUUGAAGCUAAGAGCAUGGAAUUAUUUGCUGUAAAUCGAUAUGAUGGAAAUAAGCUCAGUGUCGAAGAUGAAGCUGAACAAGAAAGCAUACUGUUGGAACGCCUUCAAUCACGAAAACCGAAGUCCGAAAGAUCCAAGGGAUUAAAACCUCCUCCCGGAACGGACACCGUGCAUGAAGAAAUAGUUGAGCCCGAGGAAUCUGAGGCACAUACGACUCAUGAUGAUCCUGUGGAAAGCCCCGCAGAUGACAUUCCAGGAUUAGGCGGUGAUACGGAUAACUUGGAGGAGCAAACUCCUGAAGCCAAGGAUCAACAGCCAGAAUUCGUAGUGCUGGGCGAAGAUCAGUUCAAGAAGCCCAAAAAGGUCGAAGAAGUGCUUCCUCCUUGGCUGUCCCAUCCUACGGUUAUCGAUAGCGAUCUUAGUAAGAAGGGCAAAUCCAUCAAAAAGCUGUCCUAUCUGGACGAGCAGUUGCGAGCCAAUUUGAAAGAAAUGGGAUUCAAAAGGCUAUUUCCUGUUCAGGAAACGGUUAUACCUUGGAUUUUGGAAGCUCACAAAAAGCCCGCGCCAUUCUGGCCUCGAGACGUUUGCAUAUCGUCUCCUACCGGUAGCGGCAAAACUUUGGCAUUUGCCAUCCCAAUUGUGCAGCUGUUAUUGAAAAGGAUUUCCCCAGCCAUAAGGGCAUUGGUCAUUUUACCCGUCAAAGAACUGGCCGAGCAAGUCUUCGGGGUGUUUGAUAAGCUCUGUAAGGGGACGAAAUUACGCCCAUUGCUAUUGUCACGCAAACAAGUUUUCAGCGUAGAACAAACCAAGCUGGUUGAUCAAUUCAACGGGGAAUACAUUUCGAAGGUGGACAUUGUCGUAACUACAGCUGGUCGUCUAGUCGAGCAUCUGCAUUCUACAAAGGGUUUUACGCUGAAGAGUCUUCGGUUUCUGAUCAUUGACGAAGCUGACCGUGUGAUGGAUCAAAUUCAGAACGAUUGGCUGUAUCACCUCAACAAACACGUGAAAGAAGAAUCGGACGAAUAUCUCCUCGGGAGAACUGCCGGUCAAUUGUCACAGACGGAGCUUUUCGACAAACCGCGUCAACCACAUAAACUGCUAUUCUCCGCCACCCUCAGUCAAGAUCCGGAAAAACUCCAGACAUUCAGGUUGUUCCAUCCGAAGCUGUUCACUGCCAUCGCCAACCCUGCCAAACGUUUGGCAAUUUUGGAAAAACUGCACGCAAACGCCGAAGAAAAACGUGGCAAAUUCGUUGGACAGUAUGCAACUCCACUGGAGCUGCGCGAGAUGAUUUGCCUGACUCAGUACAAGAUCAAACCGCUCACCUUAUUCGCCUUGCUGAAGGAAAACAACUACAAACGGUUCCUGUGCUUUACCAAUUCCAUCGACGCAUCGCAUAGGUUGUCUUUUGUGUUGCAGAAAAUGUUCGGUACCGAGCUGAUUGUCGAAGAAUGGUCUUCAUCGCUAGAUCCGGCAACGAGGAAAGGUGUGCUCAAUCGAUUCGCAUUGGGAAAAGUGAAUGGAAUUAUUUGUACGGAUGCUCUUGCUCGAGGUAUUGAUAUAGAUGACAUCGAUGUAGUGAUAUCCUACGAUAUGCCCAGACAUAUCAACACUUACAUUCACCGAAUCGGACGAACGGGUCGAGCAGGAAACCGAGGAACCUCUAUUACUAUGCUGAUCGAUGAAGAGCGGAAAAAGUUCAAUGCAACGUUAGCUGAAGCUGGAAAAAGCGAGCUGGAAACGAUUGAAGUCCUACCAAACGCUGAAGAAAAGUAUGCACUCCUGUAUUCAAGUGCGUUAACUGAUCUUCGCGAUGCACUGGAUUUGGAGAAGCAGACCAUCAACAAAAUCCGUAACGGAAUGUCUAUUGCUAGCAUGACCAAAGUCAACUUGCUGAGUAAGCUGAAGGAUCGAGUUGAUAUCGAGAAUACAAAUUCAACUGAGACAAUCAAAUCGUUGGUACAUCUACCUAAAGCUUGGACGAACGAAGCCAUCCAAAAACGAGCUACCGAUUCUAAGGAGAAGAAAAGGAAACAAAAACUCUUGGGUGACAAACCUGAGGGCAACGCUGACGAAUCAGCGAAGAAACAGAAGCUAACCCAUCAAAAUGUUCGAGAUGGCAACGGAAGAAAAAAUAAAAAAGCUCGGAAGAUACCAAAACUUGCCGGUGAUGCAGACGGUAAGUCAUAGAAAAUAAAAAAAUCAAAAUGUAUAAUUUUA